AUGAAUCUGAAUAUUAUUAUCGACAAACUACAGAAUCUAAUUAAUAAAUUUCAUAAUGCUCGGUUUAUCAUUGCGGGGGACAUAAAUGCACAUUCACCUGCAUGGGGCGGUUAUCAGCAUGACCACCGUGGAGGCAUUUUUGAAGAUUUUAUAGCCACUAAUGGAUUACAAUUAUUAAACAAUCCGCUAUCCCCUCCCACUUAUGUAACUAGUUAUGGGGAAACAUGGAUAGAUGUUGCAGUAUGCAGUUCAGAAUGUAUAACUGAGUUAGAAAACUGGAGAGUUCUCGCUGAAAGUAGUCUCAGUGAUCAUGCUUACAUUUCAUUUCAGCUUAAAAACAACGGCAGUGCACAAACUGCAUCCGUAGAUAAGCCUAGGUUUAAUCUAGCUCUGGCUGAUUGGGAAGGUAUGCUCCGCUAUCUAUCAAACAAUCUAUUGACAUAUAAUAAUAUGAAUAAUAUUUCUAACAAAGAAAUCAUCGAACAAACUCUCGAUUCUAAUAUUAAGACAAUUGAACAAGCAUGUCAUAGAUAUAUUCCUAAAACAAAUCCUAGAUUGAAAUCUGUACCUUGGUGGAAUAACGAGCUCACUGAUCUUCGAAAAACAAAUAAUUACCUGCGAAGAAGAUAUCAAAAAUGUCGAAAUGAACCAAAUCGUACUAUAUUUAAACAAGAAUAUUAUACACAUCAAGUCUUCUAUAAAAGAAAAAUAAAGAAUGCGAAAAUACAAUCUUGGCAAGAUUAUUGUACUGCUGCCUCAUCCAACCCAUGGGGAUACCUUACUAAAUUAUGUACGAAUAAAUUACGAAAGCAACAAAUACUAAUAAAUAAUGACCCUGAAACAAUAACGCAAUCAACUAUUGAUACAACCCUUUUAAACACCCUGAAGCAGCGAAUGGAUAGCUAUUGUAUCUCAGACUGCGCUGCAAAGGACACCCCUUGGCAGAGAUCAUUAAGAGAAAACAUAAACAAACAUAUGAACACUGGUAACUCUUCUCAGUUUACUUAUCAGGAAAUAAAUAACGCCAUCGGUAGACUAAAAGAAGGAAAAUCUCCAGGCGUUGAUGGUAUAACUGCCAAAAUUGCAAAACAUAUUUGGGAAAUGAUUCCACAACAACUUGUACAANAUGAUGUGAUUAGACAAGAAUACACCAUCUGA